GGGGAGAAGAAUACAGGUUUUGACGUGUUGUACCACAACAUGAAGCAUGGCCAGAUUGCUACCAAAGAGCUGGCAGAGUUUGUCCGUGAGAGGGCUGCCAUCGAGGAGACCUACUCCAAGUCCAUGAGCAAACUGGCCAAAAUGGCAAGCAAUGGAAGCCCACUAGGGACGUUUGCUCCUAUGUGGGACUUGUUCCGGGUGUCAUCAGACAAGCUGGCUCUCUGCCACUUGGAGCUGAUGCGUAAGAUGAAUGACCUCAUCCGGGACAUCAACAAGUAUGGUGACGAGCAGGUCAAAGUUCACCGCAAGACCAAGGAGGAGCAGGUGGGGACCCUGGAGGCUGUUCAGGCCGUCCAGGUGCAGAGUGGUCACCUCCAGAAGUCCAGGGAGGGAUACCACGCCAAGUGUAUUGAGCUGGACCGACUGAGGAAAGAGGGAGCUCCCCAGAAAGAACUGGAGAAGGUGGAGAUGAAGUCUAAGAAAGCUGCCGAGUCGUUUGCUGUGUGUAUAGAGAAGUAUAACCGCGUGGGAGGAGACUUCGAGCAGAAGAUGAGCGAAUCAGCCCAGAAGUUCCAGGACAUCGAGGAGGCCCACCUCAGGCAGAUGAAACAGCUGAUCAAGGGAUACUCCCACUCCAUAGAGGACACCCACGUCCAGGUGGGACAGGUCCAUGAGGAGUUCAAACAGAACGUGGAGAACAUCGGCAUAGAUAACCUCAUCCAGAGGUUUGCAGAGCAGAAGGGCACAGGCAAAGACAAACCAGCCCUGGUGGGGUUUGAAGAGUACAUGACAGCUUUAGUACCGGAGGGGAGUAAGAAGAGUCGAGGAAAAGCCUUCAGGAUUCCUGGACUGGGAAAGAGGGACAAAGAGCCAGACUCAACUACUUAUGUUUGUAUACAACAUGGGUAUUCUCUAUUCUGCACACAGAACUCUCCCCUAGAGGUGGAUGAGGAGGGGUUUGUAAUCCGAGCAGACGUCAAUCAGAAUGAUAUCGACAAGGAGGACAACUUCUACUCCAGCGACUCUGACUUUGACGACGAGGAGCCCAAGAAGUUCCACAUCCAGAUCCGUCCGGUGGGCAGCAGCAGCCGCAGCAACUCUGCUGCUACAGAGAUGGAGCUGAAGGCCACCGUGGGGGCACUCACACUGCCCCCCAACAGAGGGGUGUCAAUCAAACGUCAUCUCUCCAGACGUUCAGAGGGGGAGGGAGAGGGCGCCACCCACAGGGUCAUUUCAUCUGUCUCUCACCCACUCUCUAGGUUGAGUUCUACUGCGUCAGGCUCGGACAGUCUCUUUGGACCUCCUCUGGAGUCGGCCUUCAAGUCAAAAAGCUUUGCUGGUAGAGAUCAGCUACAGAGAGCAGAGAGUGUCUUUGGUGCUUCUGAAUAUGCUGCCUUCUCCUCUGACUCCUCCUCUCCUGAGAACGUAGAGGACUCAGGGUUGGACUCACCUUCCCAUCAGCCCCUGGGACCCUCCCCUGAGCCGGCUGGUUGGGCAGCGUGGCCGUCAGCAAGUCAGAAUAAAGAACCAGCAGGACUGGGCAGGCCAGAAGACCCCUUCCUCACUGUCUUUAGAGACCCCUCCCCGGAACACAGCCCCCACCCCCAGGACAACCCUGCCAGUAUCUGGGCAGCUGAUCCACGAUCCUCCCGCCCCCCUCCAGACAUGGACCCCUCAGCCCUCUGCUUCCCGGCCUUCUCCCAGUCCUUGGCCCCUCCAGAGCUGGACCCGGCCCUGUGGAGCUGUAAACACAUCCCUCCUGAAGACCCCUUCCUGGCUGCCUUCGAGAGGACCGUCACCCAGGAGACCCUGCCCCCCCCUGACGCCUGGGCCCCCCCACGCCCGCGCCCCUCCAGAGACGGAAGGGGGAUAGAGGUACAGGGCGACUCCUUCUCCGGCUCCCUCAGUGACAGUAAAACCCUCCCCACCCCCUCCUCCUGCUCUCGCAAGGACAGGGACAGGAAACGAGACCGUAGUGCCCCGCCCCCAGAAUCACCUGACGAUCCAUUCGCCAUCACUAUGAUUGGCAGCCCCACCCACCAGUCAGCCCUAGCUGCCGCGACAGGAAUCCUGACCCACGUUGUCAGCAGUAGUAGGCUGACCCCCAACUCCAACUCCCUCCCAUUAUCCCAUCCUAAGAAGGAGCUGGUGCACUGGAACUCUGUCCACAACCCCUUCCGUGAGGGGACCUUGGCUGGGUCUCUGGCCCUGGGUGGAGUGGUCCGGGAGGGAGGGAGGAAGCACCGUGAGUCACGCAGCGAAAGCGAGCCACGCAGGAGCGGCCUGCCUCUCACACGGCAUUCUGGGCCACAGGAGGACCUGUGCUUUUCUACUGAUAAAGACCAGAACUGCCUGGACCUGAACACAUCACAGCCGCCCUGCAACAUGGGCUCACACAAGGGUUCGAAGCAUAGCUUCAGGCAGGACAGUGCAGAGCUGCUGGUGACAGCGCCUCCCAGACCAGCCAGAGCCAAGAGGUCCUCAGGCAGACUGAGUGGCUGUGAGAGAUCCAGGUCAGUGUGCUCGUCUCCUCAGCCGGAGCCCAGCCCAGACCUCACCUCGUCGUCCUCCUCCAGCCCCAGUGAGUGGGUGGCACAGACACGUGCCCCCAGCCCUGCCAGAGACAUAGCUAUUCUUCCCACAGUGCAUCUGUCUCGCGGACCGAGCCCGAUCUCCCUGAGCACCCAAGAGUUAUGGCCUGUGGCUGCAGCCAUCACAGAAUACAUCAAUGCUUACUUCAAAGGUGGACAACACAACCGCUGUCUGGUGAAGAUCACAGGAGAUCUCACCAUGUCUUUUCCUGCUGGAAUCACUCGUAUCUUCACUGCUAACCCAAACGCCCCAGUCCUCAGCUUUCGAUUGGUCAACAUCUCCCGGGUUAACCACUUUCUGCCCAAUCAGAAGCUGCUUUACAGUGACCCCUCUCAGAGUGACCCAGACACCAGGGACUUCUGGUUCAACAUGCAGGCACUGAACCUUUACCUGCAGAGAGAGGCUGAGCUCAACCCCCUGGCCUCCUACUAUAACGUGGCCCUACUCAAAUACCAGGUGUCGUCCCAAGACCCUGGUCGUGCUCCCCUCCUGCUGUCAGCAGAGUGCCAGCGUAGUGGCACGGUGACCCGUGUAGCAUUGGACUACCACUGCUGCCCGGCCACCGCCCCCUCCACCCAGCUCACUGCUGUGCAGGUGCUGCUGCCCCUCGACCACACCGCCACAGACCUGCAAUGCCAGCCCCCAGCCUCCUGGAAUGCUGAGGAACGACAGCUACUGUGGAAACUACCCAACCUCUCCCCUACCAACCACAGCAAAGGCUCUGGCACUCUGUGUGCCAGCUGGCAGUGCCUGGAGGUUCCUCGUGGACCUCCCCCCAGCCUGGCAGUCCAGUUUGUGGGCUCCGGGGCCUCUCUGUCGGGCAUGGAUGUGGAGCUGGUGGGCAGUCGCUACCGUAUGUCCCUCGUCAAGAAGAGAUUUGCCACAGGGAAGUACAUGGCAGGCUGCUCCUUGUGA